CGGUACGGCUGUACCGUUGUCAUAAACUUCCUGAAAGUAGUCAUGUGAAUUUGGUUUUGAUAGAGGUCAUUAACUGCACACUUAAACACGUAUGUAGAAUCAACUAGACUUUCCAUUGGCCUGACAUCGAAAGUAUAUCGUUUUAGAGUCUGUCUGUCUUUAAAAAUCUGCCGUAUUUUCACGCGUCGCAAUUUGCCUGCCCAUCUCUAAUGCAGUAACAAAGGUAUUCGUUUCAUCCACUUAGAUGUCCAACGUAAAUUGGUGACAGCAUAGAUGACACAGUGAUUUACGGAAAUGCGUGGGAGCAUCAUGCGUGUAUCCAUGGGAAGGGACAACGGGGCCAUUUUAACCGGAUAGGCGAAAUAAAAGAUUGCCAAGAUACCCAGAAUGGCUCACCAAAAACAAUCAAACAUCAACAGGAAAUUGAUGGUAGGCAUCCCUCUGUUAUUUCUUCUCUCCUUGCUUCUGGUACUGCUCUCAACGCAACACAAGGGGACGUCUCUGGACCUAAAUGAGGAUUCUGCCAGAUAUCGCCGUUUUUCGUUGGACAACGACUCGCUGUUCAUCCAAAAUGACACAAAGAUGGACUUACCGUGCACCAAAGAGCUAAACAUUUUUGAUGGCACGGUGCAGGGAAUCAUCUCAAGACUUAAUGUAACUAACGAUUAUGUUAGCCUAGUCCGAAUCAAUCUCGUGUUUAUUGAUGACAACCUACCAGACAAUUCAGAGCAGAGUAACCCAUCGGUCUGGCACUGGGGGCUGGGUGGCAGGGGAAAAACCUUACUCCAUUUCCCCUACGACAACCAGUCUUUGUCUCUGAACACUUUGAAUUACGGGUUUCACUGGGUCAACGUCACAAUUAACAACACUGGAGCAUUAAACGAAUCGUAUUCCGAUGGUUGCUUGGGAUAUACAUUGUCCAAAGUGCUACGUCAAGUUAGGCGUCAGUUGAAGAAUACAGGCGGUGCUUUACAGGAUGUCAAGGAUGACGUCUUGUGUAAAGAGAGGUAUUCAAGUUCACCGUUGUUUGGGGCUACAUUGAUCCCUGGUUAUAGUCUCUUCGAUUUGCAAUCGAGCAGCUAUUACGAAUGUUGGAAUAUCAUGAAUAUAGAGACAUGUGAUCAGGACAACUGUAUAGUUUACCCUUCGUUUACAAUUGGAUGUACUAUCGUUACUAUUUCUUUUGGGAUUACUUACAUAUUGCUCUUGUUGACCCUCAUCUGGGGAUUGUGGAGGAUCUACUCCAGAGAUUUCAAUUACCAGGAUGAAGGCUCUGGAGAGUCAGUCAACAUCUUACGAAUCAAUCUUAUCCCACCCGUGUUGCUCAUGCUUGCUUCAAAUAACACACGGCAUCACAAAAUGUUCAACAUGACGUACUGGGCCUUGGUUUAUGCUGUACCAUUCAUCAUUUACUUUGUAGCUUUCCUGUGGUAUGUCACCCGAGUUGAUGAAUACGCUUACAGAAGUUUCCAGCGUGGGGAGAUGUUCACCCGAACCAAUGCAUGGGGUCUUGAUUUCGGAUUAGCCAACAUAUUAUACAUUGAUGGAGCUGUAGUUUUCUUGUACUUUAUUUACAAGUACCGCCUCAGUAACGAUGGUACCCAAGGACAAUUCACUGAGGAACAAUACAACUGGAAGAGUAAGAAGAUGAGGCUUCUAUACUACAUUGCUGUGGGAAUUUUCUGCUUUUUCCGGUUCUCUGCGACAGCGAUGCUCUUGGUAGAGAUCAUAGUUUUAACCUCAAUUGGAAUAGCCAUAAAUAUUAGGUAUGGAAGCCCCGUCUGGCUCAAUGUCAUCCUUGGUGCAUUUUUCUUUGUAGCUAGCAUAAUUCAGUUUUUCGACAGCUACCAACACCUCUUCAGCAAGAUCCACUCUGUCGGCACAAAAGUGGACCGGGAUGACAGUUUGCAAAACAAAAUCUUUCAGCAGACAGGUGACGGAUCUCCGCAACUACAAUUCACGAUAAAGUCCAGUCUCCUCCGUGACAUUAUCCGAAAAUGGCUACCUUUGUACAGUCACGUCUUUAAUACUAUCAAGCACAUCAUCAUCGGAAUAGUCUUUCUUGUCAUCGUCGCUCUCAUUGUUGUCUUCAUUGACAGAACAACUCAUGUUUCUUCAUUUGUUGAGUACGUUGUCACAGCAGUACCUUUGGUGUUUGCAGCUGCAGGGAAAUUAGGAGGGAGUUCUCUCACAGCUGGUGGAAAAGCAAAGAACAACACCCAAGACAAACUUCUGAAACUCGAAAAGGAUCUUAGAGAGUACGCCCAGACAGGCGAAUUCCCGCUUCCUGAAGCUUCUUGUGGGCAAUCGUUCUACAGAUGGCUCUCCUGUCUCAUGUGCUGCGUAUCGGAACCAGUUCAGCAGGUUCCAAACCAAGGCCAAGCACAGAAACAAGAUUCUGCUGCUCCUGCUGCUCCUGCUGGAUCCAUCAAUCAGUCUACCGACUCAUCAGAGCACUCUGUACCCGGUAACGGUCAUGAUGAUCAACCUCCAACUUCCGUCUCUUUACCGCAAGGUAGCUCCAAGACUGCUCAGUCUUCGAUAUAACCAUCACCAAUUAUAAACCAAUUUUUGUCAGGAUGGACUUUAGGAAUUCAGUCACGAUCGAACGAUUCAUUAAUGAUUGUUUCCCCCCGUUAUCCCAUUCAAACAAAAUAUUCCGCGUUGAAUUUGCGAACCAUACGAGGCUACCAAAUUUCCUGGUGCUCCAAUUAACGGCUAUUCACCAUCAGUUCGAUUGUCGGUUUUAUGCGUGGCAGGUCUAUUCUAGUUUUAGUUCUCCAAUGCCAAGAUACUUUCUCCAACAGAGGCGUCGAUCCUGGGGGGAGCAGGGGGGGCGAUCGCCCCACCAAUGAAAAUAUUUGGGGGG